UAGCAACGACCUGCGCGGUUACUCAGUCGUCGGCAAGGUGUCAAUCGGUUCGGUACAUUUGAACUAGCAGCGGCAAAACUAGCAGUGGGAAGUUUUUUUUUUCCCGAAACCCAGUAGAGUCGACAAGGAAUAAUGACUUACGGCUGUGGCAAGACUACGGCUCUGCUAGCGGGGCUAGUUCUCACCACCUUUCUGCACCUUGCGACCGCCGAAACGUACGAGUGCACCAUCGGCAAGCUCGAGUACGGCGAGGGCGAGUUCUGCAUAUUCCGGAAUGUAAGCUACAGCGCCAAGUCAACGGCGAGCAUCGGCUUCAAGACGCCCGGGAACUCGGUCCAGACGCGGAUCGCGUUCGAGGAAUCCGAGCUGGACCACCUGCCGAAGGAGUUUCUGAGCAAGUUUGGCAAGGACAUGCGGGUGCUGCACGUGGUGCGCUGCAAGCUGCAGUCGGUGGUUAUUACGAACGCGAUGGAGGAGCUGUUUGCUACGGAUAAUUACAUUGAGAAGGUUAUCGUGCAUCAACAGUCGGGAAGUUCUCCGAUCAAGUCGAUCCAUCUGCAGUCGAACAGGCUGGAGGAUGUUUCGAACAUUACGAGAAAUUGUAAGAAUGUUACAAUUUUGGAUUUGAGUCGAAAUGAGCUGCUGUCUAAGGAUAGUGUGAUCAAUUUGGGAAUGUUUAAUGGAUUGAAUCAGUUGGAGUACUUGCUGCUGGCUGACGUUGGUGCCCUCUACCUCGAUUACGAUAAUCUGCCAAACCUGCCUUCCCUGACUCUGUUGGAUCUCUCGAUGAACAAUUUGCUUCCAUCGGAUCUUCAAGUGGACAAACUGUCUGUGCUGGAGAAUCUAAGAGUGCUUCGUUUCAACGAUAUUGGCUUUGCCCAGCUGGAUUAUGCUCACCUGACUCAAAUGAAGUCCCUCAAGCAGGUAUAUCUGGAGGGAAAUUCCUUCGACUGUGUAUAUUUGGUGGACAUGAUCAACUUUCUGAACGAGAAGGGCAUUGAAACUCCGGUGGCUCGACCGGCAACGGUCUGCUCGACGGGAUUUAAGGUAGAGAAGCAAAUGUGCUGCAAGUCUUCGGACUUGGGAGUACCCAUUAAAACUACCAAACCCAUUACAACUCAUGGUUCGACGCACAAACCAGCCUCAGAACUGAACGAAGUUUAUACCAGUAAGACUACGGAAACUAUGCCGACCAUGAAAACAACCGGAUCCGCUGAAAUGAAACCAAAGACGAGCUCAGGAAAUGGAGUCUCGAAAGUCACCAUCAACUUCAGCUGCAUACUAGUCGGCUUAGCCUUGGCUAAGCUAUCGAGCUUCUAAAGACAGUAAAGUUACUCAUCGGGAAGAGUUGCAAACUCUUCCCCUCCCUCAAAGAUAAUAACACUUACAGAUAUUCCACGAGCUUUCAACGAUCCAUUGUGUGCACUUCAUCCGGUAAUCAUAAAGGGUGAAAAAAAAAACAAAAAAAAACCUCACCAAAGCAGCACACCACAAACUUCAUACGCUCGAGCUUUCAAAGCUCAAACACACACUUUUGCGGUCAGUGUUUAACACCACCCCCUUCCCUUUUUUCGCUUCGCGCUUGUGCGGGAUAAUCUCAAAGAUAGAUAGAAGUGCUCUUAAAACUGCUAUGAAUGGACUAGCAAGAUUGUUUUUUGGAUGGAUUUUUGUAACCCCCCACACGCACACAGAAACACACGAUUUGUACGUUUUUUAAUUCCUCUCAGUGUGGAUUUUUGAGUAUUAUAAGUGUAACGCAAUUGUAACGGAGAGCACUGCUUCACUGUAGUGUGUAGGAGGUGAUACUCUUAAAAUUGACGUGAAAACAACGAAUCCAGUUCAGCUACCGAAAUCUUUGUGGGUGCUGUUGUUACAUCCAAACGAGGGAAAACAAAUCCUCUGACAGAAUUUACAGUAUCUCUGACAUCGAAUGAAGAUAUCGUUGACAAUGAGUGAAAAAUUGAACGGUUUUUUUUGUUCUCAGUAUUAUGAGUGUAAGGUUUUUAUUAUAUCCCAAUAUCUCACGUUGCUCUUCUAUUAUAUAAUAUUAAUAAUUAUUUUAAAGGUCUUUGGCUUAAGGGGUUACAUACAUGUAGAAAAUCACAAAAUUUUAUAUUACAAAAUAUUUGUUAAAUCCACUCAAAAUAUGAUUUUUAAUCACUCCUGAAAGUUUCAUGAAGAUAUUUCAUGAUUAAACUGAGUAAGAGACGAUUUAAGCUCAAAAUUUUGCCAUGCGCAAAGCGGGCUGUCAAUCUUUGUUGGCGUUUGUCCCUAAACCCCGAGUUGAUUUACGGGUGCCACAAUAUCUCGAGAUGGGAUGGACCAAAUUGGCUGAAAUUUGAGGUGAAGGCUCUCAAGCAACGUUGCCAGGUUUUUUGGGGGGAGAUCUGUAUUUUCUUGAAAAUGAAUCUGUAUUUUAUCUGUGUUAGGGGAGAUGGGGGUAAGACGGCCACCCUAAGGGAGAAGUCUAAUCUAAUUUACACAACAGAUUAUUUUGAUCUCAAAUUACGCACAUAUUGUCCUACUACUAAUCCAUUUUAGAAAUGACAUACAUUAGUUGGUCUAAAAACCAAUUUUCAAUACUUUUCAGCAAUUUUAAAAAAAUAAUUGAAAUCGUAUAUAUAUGAAAUACGCGGGGUAAGACGGCCACCCAUGUGGGGUAAGACGGCCAGUGCUAUAAAUUAACUUAAUAGCUUUGCUAAAUCCACCCAAACACCUACAUGGUUGGUUCAACAGACUUCUCUGAACAUCAUAACUAUUUUGGUUGGAAAAAAUCAGGUUUCAAAUGUGAAGAAAAAUGCUGUUUAAAAAAUUUCAUAUUUUUGAUCAGUGAAUUUCAUAUUAUUGCGACCACAUUUUAUGAAAAACUAUGAAUUUUUACUACAAAACAAACACAAUUUGGUACAAUAAAAAUAGUUUGUGUAUUUCGAUUAGAAUAAGUAAAUCAAAAUUAUGUAAACUAUAUUAAAUUAGCGAUUUUUGUGAAAAGUUUGCUAGGAUUUCAUACUAUUCAAUGAGUUUUGCUAUAUCACAGUAAAGAAUGUUGUCGAAACGGUAGUUAACAGCAUUUUGAUUAAAAAUGGAUAGUUUUAUUGAAAAUGCUUUUCCUUUAUCUACAAAUAUGUCUUAAUAGUCAAAAACCGUCAAAAAUAUAACCUAUAUCAAAUAAAAUCUACAAAUUACGGGUGGCCGUCUUACCCCCGGAGGAGGUGGCCGUCUUGCCCCCAAAUAAAUUAUUUUUUUAAACAUUUUUUGUAAACAGUUCAUCGCAUUUUUUGAACUUUUUCGAGGGACAUAAUCUAGGGAAAACUUCAAUUUAACAUGAAAAAAUAUUGGAAGACAGGAAAACAUAUUGUUAUUUAACAAAAAUGCCUAAGUUGUAAUUCAUGAAAAUUACAUCCAGUUUCAAGUUCAAAAAUUAUUUCUUCAUUUUGAGCUAUUUUUAUACUAUUUCAAACAAUAUUUUUGACAAAGGUGACUCCAUAUGCAUUAUUUAGCAUGAGGAACAGUAUUGCUAAACAUUUUAGUAAUAUUCAUUAGUAUACUUAUUAAAACAGUAGGGUGGCCGUCUUACCCCGCCUGGCCGUCUUACCCCCAGCUCCCCUAUGUCUAAUUCGAAGCCAUAGAAGACAUUUUAAAAUUUUUAAUAACAGAUUUAAUCUUUUUAAUCAUAUUAAAGCAUAAUUUAAUUACUAAAUUGCUGAAACUUAAAAAAACCAUGUAAAAAAACUGUAUAAACAGAUUUUAGGGAUUUUUGGGAUCGAAAAAUCUGUAAAAUACAGAUUUAUCUGUAUAUCUAGCAUGGCUGCUCUAAAGAUGUAUCCCGUGUGCAUGACGAAGCCCAAUUUUUAAAAUUUGCUUUUUAAAAAAUACAAAAAUCAAAAAUUAACGAUUUUUUAUAUGAAAAACACAAAAAUAUUUUUAUCUUUUUUAUAAUAAAAUUUUUGAAAAUCAGGCUUCGUCAUGCACACGGAAUCGGUUUAAUGAGUUUUCACCAAAAUUUUGAUCCGAUUUGGUCAAGACAGUGUUGAGAUAUCGUGGCAGUUGAAAAUGUAUAUUUUGAUGCCCUGAAAACAGAAUUUAAAAAUAACUAUGUGUGUGCUCAUACUAACCACUGACUUUUUUGCCGAUAUACAUGUAUGUAACCCCUUAACGAUAAUUUUCUAAACUCUUAUCACAGGUACAACACUCUUGAAAUCAUAAAAAAAAAUGUUUAAAUCUCAACAAUUUUUUCUAAAGGAGCAAUUGAAGCAGAUACACGUCUGAUCCAGAUUAAGAACAAUGCUGCCAUUUCAGAUUCUAAUAAAAGAUGUUUGAAAACGAUGUUAUAAAUUGUUUAAUUCUCUUCAAACUUUUGGGCAACUAUUGUCCCAUGGAAAUUGGAAAAAAAAUCAAAAAAUGUUUGAGAUAUUUGAAAAAAGCAUACAUUUUGUAAUUUAAAAAAAAAGCUUUGUACAUUGUUAAAUCUACAAUAUGCCAUGCGAUAUAAUGACCUGUAAAUACUGCCCUGAGAUGUCGUGACUAAAGAGAUUUGUCAGUGUUAUAGACAGGAUUGGUUGGAAAUUACUUCCGAUGGUAUUUAAGGAACUUUUCUAAACCUACAGGCAACAGUGUUCUACAAUGAUGAUAUUGGGAUUUAAGUGAAAUUUUUUCAAACAAACAGGAUUGGUUCAACUUGAAAUUUGUGUUUUUGAAAAUAAACCUGGAUGAUGUUGCUCUUUUCUAUCACUUUGUAAUAAACACUUGUUUGCGAAACUCAAUCGAUGUCAGAACUGUUUGGUUUGGGUGUACAAAAUAAAACAAGUAUCAUUUUCCGCAAAGUGCUCAUCUAAGAAUACAUAACACUGGAAUAUUGAAACUUGAUUCCAAGGCUGAAAUGCAUAAAUAUUAUAAUUCCAAGCAUUUCAAUUGGUGUACUAUUAAAAGCAUUCAAAAUGUGAAAAAAAAACAAGUAUUACUAACUGAUAUUAUCUUAUGUUCCCAUAAAAAAAAUUAACAUGAAAACCAAAAUUAAGCUUAACCUAGCAUAUUUCCACCAAACUAAAUCAAAUCAGUAACGCUUUUUCUCUGCUAGUAGUUUCUCAAUAUCAGUAGAUCACAUCAAGUUUAGCUCAACUCGACCUUUUUCCCCCGUUAGCCACCUACCCAUCAACAACAAAAAAAGAAAAAAAAAGACAUUUUCAUCACAGAAAGAGCCAUACCACCAGAGUCCAAUCAGUAGAAUUUAGAAGAAACCACGUGGCGACUCGUCAUUAACUUUAUCUAAGCCAUAUUUCCAACCACUCUCUUGAUAUGAGGAAAGAUACCGUUCAGUACCCAAUUCUAGUCGGGUUUUGCCAUAGAGAAGAAGCAGUGUGUGUCGAGUAGUGUGCGACCACCACGUGUUAGAGGAACAAAGUUUUUCGAGGUGUGUCGAAAUUUGAUAUAGAGCAACCAAAGUAACGAAACAAAAAAAAAGUAUGAUAGUUGAGUAGAAGAAAUCAAGAAACAAAAAAAAUAAAACGCUUUCAACGAGUUAAUUUGCCAAACACACCAAUGCCGUCGCAGAGAGUGAAACGAAACGAAUAGUUAAGAUUUGCCGCAAACCGAAACAGUUAACGUUGGAUCGAUUUUAAACCAGAAUAGUCCAGUAGCGAAACAGCAUCUUUUUUAAGCAGGCUCACAUUUGUAUUUCUAACGGUAUAGGGUAAGGAUCAGCGCCACCUUCAUUUUCCAGGCUAUUUAGCAUACUUAGCACCGACAACUCAACAAAACGCCAUAUCUGCAGCAGAGGGAUGGUGGCGGGAAGCGCAUCCCGGUAAAUGUCUGCAAAAAGUUUUUUGCCAAAUAUUUCUCUUUUCUAGCAUGUGAUACACAAUAAAGAAAAAAAAACAGUUUUGCUAACAGAAA